AUGAGCCAUCCUCCACAGAGCUACUCAAACGCAACCAACUUGCAUACUAAUGGGUCCAUACGCAGGACCAAAAUUCUUUUCCUGGGCACGAGAAGGAGUGGAAAGACCUCCAUACUCCAAGUCCUCUUCGAUGAUCUCCCCGUCAAACAGACUUUCUAUCUUGAGCCAACCAUGCGCGUCGCAAAACAUUAUAUUGAUACCGUCAUCCCGUUGGAGAUAUGGGACUGUCCAGGAAACGCCACCGUCAAUACGCUCGGCACAUCCCUCGCCGAUGUUUCGACCAUUAUCUUCGUCAUAGACAUUCGAGAUCUGUACCAACAACCUGUCUCAAAGCUCGUAGAAUUCAUAGUUGCAGCAUGCCAAAUGAAUCCAGACAUCAACUUUGAAGUUUUCGUGCACAAAGCGGAAAGGCUUCAGGAGGACGACAAGAUUGAAAACUUCCGCCAGAUACAUGAGCGCGUCAUGGACCGUCUCCUAGAUGAAUCCCCCGAAUUUGAGCAAUUCCCGCUUAACUUUCAUCUCACUUCCAUAUAUGAUCAUUCUCUGCGAGAGGCGUUCCCCCGCGUGCUUCACAAAUUGAUCGACUCCCUACUGUAUCUGGAAGAUCUGUUGAACAUCUUCUGCUCUAACACCGCCUCCCCGAAGGCUUUCCUAUUCGACACAUCAAGUAAAAUUCACGUUGCUACAGACGCCUCACCAGUAGACCAAGCAACACACAAUCUUUGCUGCGAUUACCUAUCCAUGCUGAACUCUUUCGGCCCCUUGUACAGGUGCGUAUCAACGCCCCCACCCACAGCCAUCGCACCAACCCCCGCCUCCAGUACCACUCCUGCCGGAACACCACCACUCACUAUUUUAUCCCCCAUUCCUCCAUCAAAGCCCAAUUUCUUCCCCUCCGCAGCGACAUCGCUCUCAGCUUCACGCCCAGGGACAACGCUCACUUACCACCUUCUUACGCCGCACCUUGCAUUACUUGCACUGCUUCCGACGACGGUGUACGAGAUGCGCAGAGGCUUAGUGGAAUGGAACAUUGUGUGGUUCAGGGAGGGUGUUAGGGAGAUAUGGGAAGUGGAGCGGGAGUGGAGUACAGGGGAAGUCGUUUGA